AUGCGAAAAUCUGCCAAGGCACAUAAGCUUUUUGGCUUUGUUGAUGGUUCUGAUGUAAAGCCAUCUCCUCGAUUACCUUAUGUUACUCCGACAGAUGUUCCUCAAUUGAAUCCGACGUUUGAAGACUGGAUUGCGAAAGACCACGCUCUUAUGACCGUGAUUAACGCCACUUUCACCGUCUGCUCUGGCCUACGUUUUGUCAAGAAGCCGUUGGAGUCCAUUGAUCAAUAUAUUCAACGCAUCAAAGAAUUCAAGGACAAACUUGCGAAGUUUUAUGUCCUGAUUGACGAUGAAGACCUUAUCAUCUAUGCUCUAAACGGCCUCACUGCUGGCUAUAACACUUUUCGAACAUCGAUGCAUACUCGUGAGAAGUCUAAUUUCAAUCCCAAUGUGGGACGUGGUCGUGCUUCUGGUAAGAAUCACUUUUCUAAAGCGAAAUCUCCUAAUUUUGCUCCAACUGGCAAUUAUUCUACUAAUGUUGGACGAGGUCGAGGUCUUCUCCCUCUUGCUCCUACUGGCAAAUCAUCUCAAGAAGGUUUCUCUUCAACAAUUUUUUGUCAGAUUUGCCUGAAAAUUGGUCACUCUGCCUUGGAUUGCUUUAAUAGAAUGAAUUACAGCUUCCAAGGGCGUCAUCCUCCUAUUCAGUUGACAGCAAUGGUGGCCAAUCACAACUAUGCCACUCUUGCAUCCUCUAAUCCCUCAUGGCUUACUGAUUCAGGGUGCAAUGCUCAUGUCACUGCAGAUUUGGAUCAACUUAGUACUGCUUCUGAAUAUUCGGGCGAUGAACAGAUUGGAGUAGGUACUGGUCAGUCAUUGCCAAUUGCCCACACAAGUAGUGGUAUUCUUCAUACCUCUACCUCUUCUCUAAAACUUUGCAACCUUCUUCAUGUUCCAACUAUUUCAUCUAAUCUUCUUUCCGUUCACCAAUUAUGUGUUGACAAUAAUUGCUUUGUUGUUUUCGAUUAUAACUACUUCUAUAUUCAGGACAAGUUUUCGGGCAUGAUUCUCUUCCAAGGACCUAGUCAAAAUGGCUGA